UAGUUUAAUUAGAUAAAGUGAUAAGAAUAACGGUUGAACUUUAACCAUAAUCUUACAUCAUCCAGUUAUAAUUUUCAUGGUAACCUAAACAUGUAAGGAAGAGGAAGAAAGGAACACCAUUGAUUCUCAUCUUCAUUACCAUCAUUAUCAACAUAAUCAUCAUUCCUGUUAUGGAAAAGAUCCUCUUAUUUGAAUCUUGUUUUUUAUUCAUUCUAUGUCGUAUCGUUUCAUUCACGGCCUUAGAUAAUUGGAGACUAGACUGGGAAAAGGAGAGAUAAAAGAUGAUGAUCAUCAUCACUAAUGACAAGGUAAUGAGCAUUAUAUUGCUGCUACCUUUUUUGCUUUGGAUGCUUCAACGGACCUGGAAAAGGAAAGAGAGAAAAUGAUGAUAGUCAUGAAAGGAAGGUGAUAAAAAAGAAAGAUAAAGAAAAAAUCCUGGUGACUUGAAUUUAGCAGGGAAGAGGCCAGGUCAAGUCCAUCUGAAUCAAAUUUAGCCCAAGUGAAGACCGGAAUCAAGUUAGUUAUAACGGUGAAGUUGCUUCUAAGGUGGGUUAUUAGUGAGAGAGAGCAAUGGUGAGAGAGCUGAUCAACUAGUUGGCCCUCUCCUAAAUAUACCUGAUUCACAGUGAUGAUUUGUUAGUAAUGCUUUUUUGAUUGUGGACCAACAAACCAUUUAAUUCAAUCCUUAUUCGUUUCUUCUUCAAUCAUUGUAAUUGUCUACCGUCAACAAACUGUUUCAAUCCUUCACCAUUUUGCUGAAUUAUCAACUUAUUUGAGGAUCAACAUUGGUUUGAGUGGUUAACUCAUCACAAUGUUGUGGACAAUAAAAAGAAUAUCUUGUUUUUGGAUUUCUGUGAUUCUCUUAAACCAAAGUAAUGUUUUGUUUGUGUCAUCGACAUCAUCUUCAUCUUCAUCCUUAUCCUCAUCAACAUCUACACAAACAUCUACUCCACAGUCACUUUCAAUAGUAGAUGUAUCAUCGAAAGCUAAUGAUACAGCCGUAUCGGCUUCUACAUUUUCAAUUCAAGGGAUCAAGGAUUUCAUCUUCAGGGCACGAAGUGUCGAUCUUGCUCGGACUUUCUCUUCUCUUCGAGGAUCAAUCAGUACACCAUUUACUGCAUUAAUGUAUAUGGGAUCCCUUGCAGUUGGUGCGAUCGUCAUGUUAGCCUUCUAUGAAUCACCAAUUUCACCUCUUCCAGUCCCACCUCUUCCUGAUCCACCAGUUGGUCGUUUCCCACCUGAACAUCCAGUAUGGCCUCCUCCAAGCCGGUCAUCUCAACCUAUAGCUCAUCAUCAAUCUCAUUUACCAAAUCGCCCGAUCGUUCCUGGAUCUUUAGCAUCAGCAUCUGAUAUUCAUCCAGUUGCAGUCCGUCCACCAGCAGGUUAUAUCCACCGGCGAACAGGAAUGGAGGUUGGAGGAAGCCAGUAUCCGUUAAAAGGUCAAAAACAGUUGAAUCCAUUGAACUCUGUUGCAAGUAAAGCUGCUUCCUCGAAGGCAAGCAAAUUAUCUUCAACAUCAGUUAGUGAUGAAAAGGUAGAAUUUAUUGAAGAAGCGAAUAAAAAUGCUGCUUUUGUAAAUAACAAAAAUUCUAAUUCCCCUGGAGCCUGCAAUGGAACUGUCUGUGAACAAAACGGAACAACUAUAAACUCAACUGUUUCACUUUUAACAAGUUUUAUCAAAGAUAAGCCACAAAAGUUGUUUGACAUUCUGAUGCCAAGAACUUCCGAGAAUAAUAAACAAAAUUAAUCAAGAUUGAUCUUUGGCGAUAAACGAUUAUAACUUGUUAAACUGGUCUUGAUAAAUCAUAAUCAUAUUUAAUAUUAUUUUUUAUCAUCAUCCUCUUUGGUCUCUUAAUUGUCUCACAUCCCACCUUAAUUUAUAACUUUACAUUCAAUGUUUUGAAUGUUGAAUCGAAAGAUUCAAGUUUUUAUUAAACAUAUUCUUGUUGUUAA